GCUGCAGUUCUGCUGUGAGGAAUGGAGAUCUGGCAAAGUUUACCUCUGGACUGUCUGAUCAGCAUCUUCUCUCUUCUUCAAGAUGAAGAUUUAAUCAGAGCAUCCACAGUUUGUAAGGAUUGGUGCUAUGCUGCGGAGACACCGUGGUUGUGGAGCACACUCUCCUGUUGAGACGCUGAAGGUCGAAUGCUUGUGUAGGAGAAUGUGUCUGCAGAGAUGGAGUUUCUGCAAUGUUUCCCAGCAUCUCUCAGACACCGGGACACACUCAUGGAAAGCGUAUUACCUGCGUCGUUCUCUCCUGGAGAUGAAAAUGAAGACCGGCAGGUCGAGUGCAGACUACACGUGCAAAACCCUACGAGGACACAACGGCAAGGUUGUGGGUUUGGCGUACCUGUCUGGGAACGACGGCCGCUCAGACGUGUGGAGAAGCGCUCCAGUUGUCUGCAGUGCGUCGACAGACGGGACAGUCAAAGCCUGGGACAUUCACAGGGGUGUGAGUGUGUGGUCGAGUCCGGCCCAGAGCCCGAUGCAGGACCUCACAGUGGACCCGGCACAGUCUGUGGUCGUCACGUCCGACAGCGCGGGGACCAUCAAGACCUGGAGCGGCUCCAGCGGAGAGGAGCUGGCCUGCUUCACGUCUGGGUUCUCCGAGACCACACUGCGGUCGUUCAGCUACAGAGACAGCUCUUUCCUCAUGGUGGGAACUGUUGUAGGGUCUCUGCUCAUCCUGACUUGCCCCGCACUGUGUGAAGUCUCGAGACACGUGGUGUGCGACUCCUUCAGGCUGAACCUCCUCCUCUCAUCGCCAGAUAAAAAAUGGAUAUUCGCGGCCUCCAAAGAAAACUUUAACUCGAGCCCGAAGGUUUUCUACAGUGAGAGUGUGUGUUGUCCUGCUGAAGACGAGGACAGUGUGUGUGACAGUCUGCCCGUCUCUGGCUGCUGUGCCGCCGUCUUCCUCCCGUCUCAACCGGCUCGACUCGCAGUGAUCCAGUCUGACGGCCUCUUCACCAACACAACACUCGCAGUCUUCGACCUGGCCUUAAAGGAGUCCAAAUACAAAAAGCAACCACAAGCUCAGCAAGUGGCGAGUUUCGGGGUCGCGCUGAGCCGUCGGUCAGACGUGGUCCUCGAGGCGAGAGGGAACAGCACUCUUCUGGUCGCAGACGGGAACCAUCUGAAGGUCUACACGUUUAAAGGAGAACUUGUGGCUAGUUUUCAAGACCAUUUACAGCCAAUCGCUGCUCUCUGUGUGGACAGUUUCCGGGUGGUGACCGCAUCUCGAGACCUGUCUCUCAGAGUACUGACCUGGAGAAAUGACCCAGAGCACGGGCUGACCCUGGAGAGCCAGUAUCACCUGCUCGGAGGAUCCCUCCAGAGAUCCAGAGGAUUCACCAACGUUGCCUGUGAUUACUCCAGUAUUGUGGCCUCUGUGGAGUCAUUGGAUGGGAAGGAUGUUUUGAAGGCUUAUACCUUUGAUUUCUGAAACCACCACAUGUAUUCAGAUCUUCACUGACCAGAUCCAUGUUUAGCCAAAGAUGAUCUUGCAUUGAUGAGACAAUAAAAAAAGUGUUCUCAAACAAUUCAAAACUGUUAAAAGGCUGUAA